CUAUAAAACUCCACGAUGUCUUCGACAAGGCAUCACAUCGUCAACCGCGACAGUCGUGUAUACAGAAACAGCAAAAUGAACGGCAAAUCGGUGCUGAAUUUCAUCCUCGCGGUUCUGGUCGUUCUGGCCUGUCUGGAUCUUACGGAGGCCUGCAAAAAGUGUGGUUUUGCGACGUGCAAGUGUCUUCCUGGAGUUGGACUCGGACAUGGUCUCGGACUUGGACACGGACUCGGUCUGGGAUAUGGACAUGGCAUGGGAUAUGGACACGGACUGUCGAUAGCUCCGCCAGCAAUUAGCGUGGGACCACCAUCUGCACUGUGCCCACCACCAGCUCCAAUGUACGCGCCACCACCAGUGUACGCAGCACCGGCUCCGUAUUACCCGGUACCAGCUCCGAUGUACCCGCCACCACCACCACCACCACCACCACCACCAAUGAGCCUUCCUCCUCUGGGCCUUGGACUUGGACUGGGUCUGGGUGCUCAUUAUGGAUUGGGAGGUGGUUUAGGAUUGGGAGGCGGUUAUGGAUUGGGAGGUCUAGGAGGUGGCUAUGGAUUGGGAGCAGAUUUGGGCCUUGCUGGUGGACUUUAUGGAGCUGCACCACCUCCAUGCCAUUCUUAUGGAGCAUACUCAUAUGCUCCAGCUUACCUGCACCGAAGACGCUUGUUAAAACCACGUCGCCUUUGCUACUAGUUACAUCUUUUUUUUUACUUGUUACUUUCUUUUUACAAGACUGCGUGAAUAAACGCUUACUAUUAUAUUAAUCAAAA